AUGGCUUGUUAUACUGCUUUGGUUUCUCUGAUUCGAACAGUUGAAAAUCUGUUUCAUUCUCCCCAAAUAUCCGUAGGCCCGGAAAGCUUAAAAUCCGCGCUGGCCGAGGCCCGGCUCCUGAAAGAAUCGAUCCAGUUGAUGGACACAGUGGGGUGCUAUAGCAGCGACGACUUGCUCGAUGGCUUCAGCAGCGGCUGUGCCACGACCUUCCAUUUGAAAACGCAAACCUCGUCUUUCAAACCUCUGCACGUGUUUGAACCCCACCUCUUGGCUCGCCUCCCUUCCGAGUAUAAACUCGUGCUGUUUUCGAGAGAGCUCGUCGGCAUGGGGAAAAUGGAGAAGUUGUACCCCACAGAUAUCCGGGAAUUGAACAGCGUGCUCGAGUCCCUACUCUCGGGUUUGCGGAAAGAACCCCUCUGCGUGGACUUGGCCGAUGCUAAGCAACGCAUCCAGUUGUUUAUACAGACUAUGGCUGAAGAAGAGGUAGACGAGGAGGAGGAAGAAGAAGAGGAAGAAGAGGAGGAGGAGGAGGAGGAGGAGGAGGAGGAGGAAGAAGAAGAGGAGGAGGAGGAGGAGGAGGAAGAGGAGGAUGAAUUUCUCAAAACUCGUGGUCUGGUUUCAGAUAUAUCUAGAUUUGCAAACCAAGCCAUGUUGAAGUUGGAAGCAUUUAUGAAAAGAUUGGAUAGGAACAGGAGCAGCAGCAGCUGCCAAAGACUGAAUGCUUUGGAAGGACAGAUAAGAGAGGCAGCCUGUAAAUUACAAGACUCGUUCGAAUCACAUGUCUCAACUCAGUCCCUCGCACAAUCCGAACACGGUCCAUUCUCACUGGACCUUCUGGAAGUAGACCAAGAAGUCAAGGCAUUUAUCCGAUCCGCGAACGAGUUGAGAGAAGAGUACAUUAAUGAGUUACGCAACACAUCACAACCCGAAGAGGAAGAAGAAGAAGAAGAAGAAGAAGAAGAAGGAGAAACUGAUCGUUUUUAUGUGAAAAGUAAAAUUAAUUCGAAAAUGAUCGGAUUACGUGAUGAAGCUGACAAACUCAAAAAGUUGCUUACCUCUUUGCGACCCGAAUACGGCGGGAUUUACACAAUAGUCGGGAUGGCCGGCAUUGGUAAGACAGCCUUAGCCAAGUAUGUUUUUGAAGACCCGCCGAUCAGAAAUCACUUCGAUUGUCGCGCGUGGGUCACCAUGGGCCCCAAACGCCAGCUAAACGACAUUCUGAGAAGCAUUUUAGCUCAGGUGGGUCUGGGCCCCGACACAAACGAGAAACUCGACGAGAAAAAAAUGGUGCAAGAGAGUUUAAACGACAGGGCCCACCUCAUUGUAUUCGACGAUGUGUGGGACUCGGCAACCCUCGACGACUUGAUAGAAAUCCUCCCGAAUAAUAACGAUAGGAGUCGGGUCCUGGUGACAACUAGGCUACGAGGAGUCUCGAUCAACGACUGGUCCCGAAAAUACUCCCACGAAAAAUGUUUCAUGAGCAAAGAAGAGAGUUGGGAGCUUCUUCGUGUCGAGGUAUUCGGAGACCAGCCUUGCCCUCUUCGACUCGAGAAAUAUGGACAAAGGAUUGCCGAGAAUUGUGACGGCCUUCCUCUCACGAUCGUCACAGUUGCUCGAUCCUUAUCCGAAUCCGAGCAAACGAUUACAGAAGAGUACUGGAAGCGUGUUGCGAUGGGAGAGAGUUGGGUUUUCUCAGACGCAUACAAUCAAAUGUCCGAGUCGCUGUUUCAGAGCUACCGAUACUUGCCUCAGCAUCUAAAAGCGUGUUUUCUCUACAUGGGAGCUUUCCCACAAAAAUACGAGAUAUCAUGCACGAUGCUCGUCGAGCUGUUGAGCUGCGAGGAGCUUCUCGAGCCCAUUCCAUCUGUGAAUUUCGAAAACUUUGUCGAAGAUUGUCUGCACGAGCUGUUCACCUCAAACGUAAUCAUGGUCCGCGACAAAAACUUCCUCAACAAAAUCAAGACUUGGAGACUCCACUCCGCAUUCUGGCACAUGUGCACCAAAGAAGCCAAAAACACAAAGUUCUCCCAUGUUAUAAACAGCUAUGCCGAUGGCCUCGCACGAGGUAUUCAAAGCCAGCACAGGUUAUGCAUCCACAACAACAUUUUACUCGGCUUUAAAGACGUGUACCGAUCGAUAUCAGCCAAUUCGAACGCUCGUUCUCUCUUGUGCACCGGCCCGUACCAUCGGUAUCCCGUGCCGAUAUGUUCUGGCUCGCGAUUGCUCAGAGUGCUCGAUGCCCACACCAUCCGCCUUUACGAAUUCCCGCCACAAAUACUUCAACUCAUCUACCUGAGGUACCUAGCCAUCACGUUCGACGGGAACCUCCCACACUCCAUCUCCAAACUCACCAACCUUCGUUGUCUUAUCGUGAAACGGCAUGCUAGCAUCAAACCCUCGGGGUAUGUGCCGGUUGAGAUAUGGGACAUGAAGGAACUAAAGCAUCUUCAGAUUGUAGGAGAUCGAUUGUCGAAUCCUCCGGCCGACGACGAGGUUCUACCGCUCCUCACGACACUCUUGGACGUGAGCAUCGGCGCAUGCGCCGGGGGCAUUUUGGGAAGAAUGCCCAAGUUAACCAAAUUAGGGUUCCGAAUCGAACUAGGGCUCGAAACAACCGACGGCCUACCGAGCUUCUUCGAGGGCAUCUCUCAACUCAGCAAUCUGAAAUCACUGAAAUGCGUCGUCGUGAAUCCUAGGCUCGAUUUUGCCACACAGCCUCGGGUUCCGAGUGACUUGUCGUCGGGCCUUAGGAGGUUGAGCCUGAGCGGGCUCGGGUACCCGUGGGAGGACAUGCGCGUGAUUGAGAAGCUACCGAAUCUCCAAGUGUUGAAACUGCGGUGCUACGCUUUUCAGGGCUCGAAAUGGGAAACGGGUAAUGGGGGCUUCCGGCGGCUGGAUUCGCUCGUGAUUGAGGACACGGAUAUGGUGCAUUGGAAGGUCGGGGACCGAAGCUUCAACCAGCUCAGGCGGCUAAGGGUAAAACACUGCUACAAAUUGGAGGUGAUACCGGAGGAACUUAGUUGGUCGCUCUUUGAGAUUGAAGUAGUUGACUGCAGCCCCUUAGCCAAGAGCUGUGCAAAGAGAAUAAAGAGCAAGAUGUGA